AUGUCUGACCAACGGGCUGCUGCUUCACCAGCCACUGCUGAUGCUCCAGCUGCCGCUACCGAAUCCUUCUACUACGUCUCCGGCGAAGACGACGUUAGAAUCAAAGUCAGCGAAUUGGCGCUCGGCCAAUCGGCCACCAUCCACGGAAUGAUCUCGAAUCUUGGCUACACUGACGAACAAGCAGCCGCCACACCAAUCCAACUGAAGCACAUUAAAGGAGCCAUCCUUCAAAUGGUUAUGGACUGGUGUGAGCACCAUAAAGGAGAGCCAAUCCCAGUGGAAGACACCUCCAUCCCAAAACAGGUCAACAUUCCAGAAUGGGACCAAAAAAUGUUGGAUGGGAUUGACAAUGAGGAAUUGUUCGAUUUUAUUAUGGCUGCGAAUUACUUGGAUGUCAAGCAACUGCUCAAUUAUUGCUGCAAACAGGUGGCCAUGAUGAUUAAAGGGAAGUCUCCAGAAGAGAUUCGCGAGAUUUAUAUGAUUCCAACUGAUGAGGAGGAUGCGGCGGCUGAGAAGGAGGCCCAGGAGAGGGCCAAGAAAGAGGCUGCAGCUGCAACUGCUGGACAGGGACCAUCCACCUCUACUGCUUAA